UAAAAGUUUAGUGUAACUCUUUAAUGUAUGGAGGUAGCAGCAAUGGCGCAGCAGCAAGAGAAAGUUAGAGGACUUUACAUGAAAUCUGCUGGCGAUUCUACGGCACAAAAGGAUACAAAUUUGGAUAAAUCUGUUGAAAAGACUCGUAAAGAAAAUAAAGGAAAAUUAAAAGAAUACUUUGGUAAACCAAGAACAAAGCGACCUACAAGAGAAGUAUAUCAGCCAGGAAUAACUCGUCUGAGUCGUCGUACAGAAUAUAAAGGAGAAGAAAGGUUCAAGAAGUCUACAUCUGGAACUGAUGGUUUCACAUCUGAUGAUGAGAGUUAUCGAGACAGUAAAGAUAGCAGCAUGGAGAAGGAGAUUGACAGCAUUGCUGGUACUUUAAACACGUUUUAUGUACAUGGCUCAAACUCCUUACCCAGAAAACCUAGUCAACUUGCCUCUCAAGAUCCAAGGAAAACAUCAACAUUAACCUAUAAAAAACCUGAGAUUCCUAGGUAUAUUCCCCGUGCAAAGUUGAUUGAGCAAAGCAGUAAGAGUGACACUAAAGCUGAUGUUGAACAGAAAGAAAUACUCUCUAGUUCUGGCUCUAAUCGAAAAGUAGAUAUUAAACAUGAUUUAAACAAAAUGGUUGUAACUGUUUUAAAUGAUCAAUUAGAGGUUGGAGGUGGCGGUGGCAGUGGUGGUCAGUCACGUAGAAAUAACAGCCAGUUAUUAAACUUACAGUUUCACGAUAAGGCAGAUGGCCAUUACAGAGAAGAAGAGUUUUAUCGAUCACCAAAACAUCGAGGGUCCCUUGAUUAUUCGAGAGAAAGUGAAGCUGAAGCUCCAAUCAGUCCUGGUGGCAGAAUGUGUCGCUAUAAAUUUGAAGGAAUGCGGAAGAGUAUUGAUUAUUCAAGAGACGAUGACUGUGAUUCUGUAAGUAGCCAGAGCCAACGACAAUCAAAACGGCGCUCUUAUACGAAAACGAAAUGUUAUACUUCUCAAUAUCGACGGCAACGUACUGGCAGUAUCAGCAGUGAAUUUAGUGCUGCUAGUGAUGCUAGCAUGGAAGAUGUCAAUGGAGGUCAGACUUUUGACUGGGAUGAGGAUGUUGAGCAUCAAAUGUCCAAGUCAGUGCAUGAAGAACUACGAGAAGGAACUCAGAAAAUUCAGCAAAUGACUGAAGAUAUGCAGAACAUGGAUUACUUAGGGAAGCAGCCCAGAUGUGGUAUAGUGGAAAAUCGUCGUGUACGAACUGAGAGUUCAGGUAGUAAUUACAGUGAUCAGCUUUCACAUGUGCGUAGCCGUAAACGAGAUCGGCGUAGAAGCUCCAGGCACUCGAAAACUGAAAGUAGAGACUCUAGUAUUCAAAGUAACCCAUCCAAAGAAUAUGAUCCCGAACGUUCUGGAGAAGGUUCUCGAAAGGGCAAAGGUCGUGGUAGAAGGAAGAAGACCACAUAUGAGUCUAGUAAAAACAAUGAACAAGAGAAUGACUUAAGAAAACUGGGUAUCAAGGUAACAUUUGGUAAAAGUGACCGUCAAGUUGAAGUCAACCAAGCUGCUAACGGUAAGUCAGGAGAGAACAAGAACUCUGAGAAAAGUUCUGCUCCUCGAGGUGGUGGUAUAAUACACUUACCACAUAAUGUAUCAACUGUGCCAGAUCAUCAGAGCCACUUUGGUCCUCAAUCUGACACAUUGCAGCCUUCCUUGCCGCCAAGGAACAUGCAGUCUCGGCCGAGGGAACAAGGUGGCGAGGCAAAAAAGAAACUCUUUGACCCCAAAAAUCCUAAAAAGCCCAUUAUUAUUAAGAAUUCUAUAUUAAAAUUUUACGAUACCUAUGAGCAUUCUGACUCUAUAGAUGCUUAUCCUCGAAACUUACCUGUCUUCUAUUCAGAUUCUAAUAAUCCUGAUGGUACCACUUACCGUGGUAGUCCAUCAAGUCCCCAUUCAGACCCCUAUCUUUCACGUUUCCACACACUACCUAAGGAAAUUGGACUUUCUUCAGAUGAUAUAUUUAACCAGGAUUCCUGCUACCAAAAGUCUAGUAGCAGGUAUCCAAGUGCAGGUCCUCCAAAGUUGCGGAAAUAUCAGUUUGAGACAAUGCCUCGAGAGUAUGGACAAGGCCUCGAUGUUUGUAAUCCACCACGAUCACGAGCUCAUUGUCGAACAAUGGCUGAACAGUUAUUUCAUGACAGCUUGCCAAUUGAGGGACAAUUGAGCAAUAUGGUGUCGAGGGGCCUCCAACCAGAGUCCAUGAAUAAACUCAGUCAACUCAGAUUGGAUUUGCAAACCAAGUGUGAGCAGAUAAUUCUGUUGGAUUUAGAAGUAUCGAUUAAGCAAAAUGUUGAACAGCUGCUCUGGAAGUCAGUAUACUAUCAGCUGAUAGAAAUUUACCGUAAGCAGUUAGCAGAGGAGCCAUCCACCAGAAACGUUUCUACAGAAAGCAUUAAGGAGCAACUCUUUACUGUCCUUGAUGAGGGAACUUCCUUCUAUGAAGGUCUUUUAGAACAUUUGCAGACAACUUACAACUUCUCCUUGACACCAUUUCUUGACACCAAUGGUUCCCCUCCUGAAACCUGCAACAGAACAGUCAAACUUGCUUUACUCACUUCCCAAAGAAUUAUGAUAUGUCUUGGUGACAUAGCUCGAUAUCGAGAAUUGGCCAACGAUUCUACAAACUAUGGCAGAGCACGAAGUUGGUACAUGAGGGCUCAGCAACUUGCCCCUAAAAAUGGUCGACCUUACAAUCAACUUGCAAUCUUAGCUCUCUAUACAAAACGGAAGUUAGAUUCUGUUUAUUACUAUAUGCGUAGCCUUGCUGCCAGUAAUCCCUUUAUGACAGCACGGGAGAGUUUAAUGUCACUAUUUGAUGAAGCCAGAAAAAGGGCUGAAGCUUCUGAGAAGAAACGAAUGGCUGAGAGAGAGAAAAUUGAAAAGUUGAAAAGUCAACAGCGGCAGCAGGGCCAGAGACGAGAAAUUUGGGUUGCUCCCGAUGGUACUAGUCAUGAAGAUAAACUGGAAGACUCAUAUGAGGAGGAUCUAUCCAAAUUGCCACUGGAUAAACUAAAUCGAAGAUUUGUUCAAAGUUUUUUAAAUGUACAUGGUAAACUCUUUACUAAAAUAGGAAUGGAAACUUUCCAAGAGAUGUGUUCUCAAAUGUUACGCGAGUUCCAUACAUUAUUGCAGCAAGCACACCCUACCAUUACCAAUGUCCGUAUUCUUCAGCUAAUGGCCAUCAAUAUGUUUACUAUUGAGAAUACAACACUCAAAGGUGACCAUAAAGAUGAUGAGGACUGCCGUUUGUUACUUCAAGAAUAUGCAGUACAGUUAGGCCUUGAUAUGUUUGCUAUUUUAGUUGACCGAUGUGCUGAACUAUUGCAUAAUCAUUUGCAGUGUGAAAAUUCUGCUCGAGAGAUUUUGAGUUACACGCUAAGUCACUAUGUUCCAGCAGUAAAGGUUUGGACAGACUGGAUGAUUUGUCACUUACAGUUGUGGAUGCCUCAACACUGUGUAAAAAACUUUGAUCUCGGUGCUAAUGUUGAUGUGUGGGAGGCACUGGCUAAGCUAUGCAAUGUUCUCAAACAAGUGGAUAUCUCUCAUGUGCGACUUUAUAAGGACAAGCGUGAAAAUUGUGAACCUGUUAUUCUAAGUGAAGAUACAAUGUUGUGUGGGUUUGUACCAUUAUUGAGUGCUCCGUUCAACCCUACCUAUGUUCAUUCUACUGUUGAUAAGGACAUAGCUCGAGAUUGUCUCCGCAUUCAAAGCCUUCAGAUGUUUGGAGAUUAUUUGUGUGGUAUUGAAACCCCAAUGCUAUCUUUUGAUGUUGAAACUAAAUGUUACUCUUCAACAGAACCCAGUUUAUUAAUAGAUGAAGCAGAACUUGAAAUGAAUAUUGAACAAUAUGUUACAUCUGAGGAUGAGGCUGUAAUGGAAACGGAAGAGGAUGAUAUUACUGAUGGGGAAGAGAUGAAGAUGUUGAAAGCAAAGAAAGAAGAACUGAAAAAGAGAGUUGAGAAACAAAGCCGCCACCAACAGAAUAUCCAAAUGUUGAGAGCCAAGAGAGAUGAGCUCCAGCAGCAAGUUGAUCAACAGGCCAGCCGUAAGCAGAACAUCCAAGCUCUCUUGCGCAAACAGAGAAACUGUUGUAUUGAGAUUGAAAUCCAACCUGUAUACCUUGUGCCAGAUACCAACUGCUUCAUUGAUCAUCUGCUUGGUUUACAGAAACUAAUUUUUAGUGAAAAUUACACUAUCUCCGUUCCACUAAUUGUAAUUAAUGAGUUGGAUGGCUUAGUCCGUGGUAACUUAGAAGGUCAUUAUGAAUCAAUUGAACACAGUGACAUGGUGAAGGAAAAUGCAAGGUUGGCCAUGACAUUUCUUGAGCAGCAAUUUGAACAGAAAAACCCCCAUCUAAGAGCUCAGACAACUAAAGGCACCAUGCUUCAAACAAUUCUCUAUCGUAGUGAAGCUACUGACACUAAGGGAAACAAUGAUGACCUGAUUCUUACCUGUUGCCUUCACUAUUGCAAAGACACUACUAAAGAUUUCAUUCCAAAAGGGAAAGAUGAGCCUAACCGCAUUUACCGUGAUGUAGUCCUUCUCACUGAUGAUCGUAAUUUACGCCUGAAAGCCCACACUUACAAUGUUCCUGUGAAGGAUGUUCCCAGCUUCCUCAAGUGGUGUAAAGUAACAUGAAAUGUUCCUCUUCUGAAAUCAUUUCCUUGUUACCCUGUUUAUCGAAGUGACGAGGUUCCUAAUGCUUCAAGCUGAGCUGUGGUCCAAGCCAAACCCAUGACAAAAUGAGGAGACAUAGAAUAAAGACGAGGAGGAGAGAGUCAGUGCCAACAGACCCGUCACCCACUGGUUGUUGUAUAAGCUCUAUGACCAGACACUGACCACUACCAAUGUCGGCUUCUAUGCGAAGGCAGCGGAAAAUGCCAUUUAAACAGUUUCUCCAUCAAAGAGCUGCAUAUUGGCCAUUUAAGUUGACCAUCUAUUAAUGAGAUAUUGUUAAUUACAACAACUCAUUUUCACUCUAAAUUUAAUUUGGUAAAAUAGGUGCAUUGCUGAGGGAAUUUAUUAUUUUUUUUUUUUUAUAAUUAUUUAUUCAUCUAUUUUAAGAAAUUUUACUUUUUUUUUCAGUUUUCCCCCAAAUCUUCAUUCAUUAUCAUUGUGAAGGAAUUGCAGUUUCUCAUUUUUAUUUAUUUUUAGAAUAAUUACUUCAUUAUUGCUUUCUAAUUGUCAUACAAAAAAAAAAUCUAUAAUGCAUUGAUGUAUUUGUGAGACUUUGGUUUAUUUGAAUUACUAGCAUAAAGUAAUUAUUAGGCUUCCUAUUUAAGCCAAUUUGGCAACUGUGGCAGUUUAUGUCAUUGUCAAGAAUAUACUUCAUAGACUGAUGGACCUAUUGACACACCCUGGUCGUUAAGUUGCUGUGUGUUACAGUUUGUCACUUAAUGGAAUGACUUACUAGGCAGCAUAAUGAACCUCUGCAUGUCCAUGACUUGAUGACCCAUGCCUUUGCACCAGUGGCUGUAUUUGAUGUAUGCCUUGUCAUCAAGUCAUUUGAUCAAACUAUUGAAGGAAUUUAAGCCAAAUGUCCUGCCCUAGAGAAAACAAUCCCUAAGUAUUAUUAAUCAAAUAACAGAUCUCUAAAUUACUUAUUCCCCAGAUAUACUAUGACCAGUCUUGGCAUUGGAUUUAUCUUUUACAGGUCAAAAUCAUAACAGAAUGAUCUGACAUUAUUAAGAUUAAUCUUUAAACAGUGAGUAAUUAUGAAAUUCCUGUUAACCAAUUAAGUAAUAUUUACCAAUGACAGGCUGAUGAAAUCUCAGGUAUUCUCUUAACCAUUCUUUUAGUAUCUCAUAUGAAAUACUUCUGUUAACAGCAAAAAUGGUCAGGCAGCUUGACGUACAAUCAGCUGUUCUCAGAUGCAAUCACACUUUUAAAUUGUCUUCAAUCACUUGUUCUAAAUUUUAUUUCUGAUCUUCUGUGAAUCAUAAUUUUGGAUUUUAGUAGCAUCUUUAUUGAUCUACAUCCAAAAUCUAAUACAUCUGGUUGCAUCAAACCAAAUAUUGAUUUAUGGUAAAUUCCAGUAUUGCAUUAUAAUGAUAAUAAAAACACAGUGGCUGUAGGGCUACAGUGCUAGACUAUCAGUCACCAGUUCAACAGAUCAAAUCCUGAUACAGCUGUUCUAUUAUCCUUUGUCACUAAACUAAAAAAAACACGACACAUGCUACUCCUAUUUAUGGUUGAAAUUUAAGAUUAGAAAUGUCAUUGAAUUGUUUAAAAAGAAAUUGAACAAAGUCAUCCAAUAUUGCUAGCUGCAUGGAAAGGACAGAAAGAAAAAAUCCUUUUAAAAAUUGUAAAAUUCACUUUUAUAAUCACAAUUUUAAUUAAUGGUACACUUCCACAUGAAUUGGACGUGUACACUGAAUUGUUUCUUCAUUUCUCUUCCUAAACCACUCUUGAAUGUUUAGCAUUUUUUUUUUAUCUCUCACUGUUAUAAUAUCCUGACACCCUCCAUUGAAAACAAAUAGAGACAUCAAUGAUAUUUUGCUUUUUAACCUUAAAUAUAAAUCCUUUUUGAAACAAAGAAGAAUUGGUUCUAUAAAAACCGUGAGAUUCUUUUUUUUUUUUUUAUUUCUCUUGUUAAACUCUUGGCAAAUAUAAAGAAUCAAAAACAAAAGCAUUAUAUAUAAUAUAUAUUUCUCACCUGUCUACCCAUGCCUACAUGGACAAUGAUAAGAAUUAUGAAAUACUUUCAAAAAUGUUUUCAUUUUAAUAUGUACAGAAAUGCUUGAUAAAGAAUAUUUCUCAGUGAUAUGGUUUAGAAAUAUUACCAAAGUUAUGCAAUGGUUUUGCUGAGAAAAAAAUCAAACCAGUGCUCAUUCAAGCUAUCCUCCAAAUGGACCUAUUCUAAUUCACUUUGGCUGCCACUGGUUCUUUUUGAGGUUUUUUGUAGUCUUUAGCCCGAAUAUUUUAACAUUGUUAGUGCUUGUAACAGGGUGAAUGAAAUCAAGAAAAUAAAUUAACUGUAAGAUGUUGGUAAUUAGGUGCAGCCUAUCCAGUUGCACAAUUUGAACGUACGUUAAUUCCUGUUUGAAAAUAUUCAAUAACGAAUGCACUGCAUUCUCUUGUUUUUGGUCAUGUAGGUUCUUUAUGUUUGCCAAAUUUUCUUUUUUGACAACUGCCAUUAUGAACUUCUGUUGUUUCAGUUUUAUAAAAUGUUAAAGUUUAAUUGAUUAUUAAAAGAAAAUUAUUAUAAUAAGAACAUGUGUAAACAAACAGAGAAAAUAGGGCGAGAAGACGUGGAAGCUGAAGUAAAUUAUUUUAGUAUAAUUAAAAUGAUCUCAUCUACAUGACAUAGAAAUGUAAGUUUAUGUAACUUUAAAAUGGUGCAGUGGCAGUAGCUUGAUAGUAAAGGGAAAUCGGUUUAAUUUCCAUAUUACCCAUAGUAUUUCUUAUUCAAUCCUGUUUGUUUACACAUGUUCACAUUUAAUAUUUACAAAUAAAAAUCAUUGAAAAAUCUUGGCUCAUUUACAUAUGCAUUUUGAGGAUAAAAAUAUUUUAAUAUAUGACACUGUUGAAAAUUAAAAUAUCUAAUUUUAGAUUAUAAUUUUGAAAAGAGAAAAAAAUCCUUUUAAUAAAAAGAACAAAACAUUUUUCUACAAUUGGUGUGCCUGCCUUAAAUCCAAAAUUUAUACAAACCUGACAUUUAUGUAUAGAAAUAAGCAUACAAAAUAUUUGCACACACACACACAGACACUUAAAUAUUAGUUUAUUGAUCUUUAUAUAUUCAAACAAUGUUGCUGUAACUUGUCCAGUUCCAAUCUAAUCUCAGGCUUUCCCAUUUCUUUUAUCUUCUCUGUUUUUUUGAGUUUUCUGAAAAUUGAAAGGAGACUUUAAAGCAAGGGAAGGGUGGGGAUCAAAGAGAAAUGUUUAUUACCAUUUAAAUGGGUUUGCUUAUUUAAAACCUUAACAGCCAAAAGAAGACAGCAGACAAAUAUGUGACUCUGGUGUAAACCAGUUGCCACUCAACGCACACUAGUAUGCUAUACAGAGAACUACAUGAAAAAGAAGAGAUAAAUCUAUUUUCUAGUCUUAUAAUAAUAAUAAUUUGUUUUUAAAUAUUUAUUAGGUUUGUCUUUAACAGAAAUAGUUAAAUUUCAACACAUCCAAAGAAGCCGUGUGAGAUAUAAUCUUAACAUUGUUGAUGGAAUUUUUGUUGUUAUAAAUUGAUUUUCAUUGUCAGUGAUAGCAUGUUGCCUUCAUUUUUUAUUGGCAAUCUUCUGUUUCCCUGCUAUAUCUCAGGCAUAUUGCCUAAGUAUCAUUAUUAUUUUUAUUGUAAUUAUUAUUAUUGUUAGGGGUUAAAGUAAAUGGAUCCUCUGUUGGUUUUGACAUUAUGUGGUGUACUGGGCAGAAACAGAGCACCAAACUAAAUGGCUUACAUUAUUUAUUCUAAUUCUCUAUCUUCACUUUCAAAUCUUGCCAGGGUCUAUUGUUACCUGUGAUCCUUCUGGAAUUAACAGAAUAAUUACCAUUCAAAUAUUGGGUUGAUUUCACUUUCCCUCCUUCCAAAAUUGUGGCCUUCUGCUAAAGUUGAAAUAAUUAUCUUAUAUAACAAUAGGCCCCUUACUCCUGAUUCUUUUGUUCAUUAAUGCUACAGGCAUUGUAAUGUGUCCUUGAUAUAGAAACUUCUCUCUCAACCUUUAUCAUAGGUUAAAAAAAAAACAAAAAAGACUUUGAAAUCAAGAACUAAUGUUUGUUCAUCAAUUUGUCUCAGAUACUCAAAUGUAUUUUUGUUUCAACUCUAAAAUUGAAACAAAGAAAUCCUUAGUAACAUUAAGCAGAUGGCCAUAGAUGCCCUAUGCUACAUAAUCUGGUGCUUCACUGUUCUGUAUUCAAAUUCCGUGUGGAUUUCAUCUUGCAUUUCACCCAUCUGGAAAUCAAUAAAAACAUCAACCCCCAUGAAUUCUCCAGUUAUAAGCAAGAUCACUUGUUCUACGAUAUCAAACCUAUUACCUCACCAUUCUAUGUAAUGGUAUGACUUUAACCAGAAGGAAGUACAAUCAGUAAACACAGUAUUAUAACACAGCAUAUUCAGAUAAGUAAAUAACUUAGUACCAAACCAUACUUCCCAAUUUUCUUGCAUCCUACAUUCAUUAUUCUCUUUAUACAGUAUGAAUAAAAAGAUGUUCAUCCAUUUUUAUCGGUAUUUUAAGUUCUAAAAACUUCAUAGUUGUGGAUUGAGCUCUUGUUAAUGGCUGUAGAAAAUUCCAAGUCAUUUAUAGAAAAUAUAUUUGGGUUUAUUUAGUUUGUGUGAGCAAUGUUGAAAAAUUACAUCUUAGCCUUGUAAAAUGGUAAAUAUUAUUUUGAUUUAAAAAUCCCUGUCUCUGUCAUCAGUUGAUCAAAGUAAUUAGUGUGUGCAUUCAUUAAAUUUUUAAACUGCUAGAUUAUUGAAAAUUUUAUCAAUUGAGUUUGAGUUAAUUGUUUCUAGAUAACUUAGAUAAAUUUUAUGUUUAAACUAUUACUGUUUAGAACCUUUUACUUAAAAAGAUGUAACUUUUAUGAUUUUGAAAACUUUUUUUUAUAUUUUUAAUUAAUACUGCUUUGCAAUCGCUUCUUAAAGAAAGUUGAUCAGUGACUUAGUGCCUAAAGUAUAGUCACAAAUUCAUAGUUCUUUUUAUCACUAACUUUUAUGUACAGUUUGUGUGAGCCCCAAAAAUGUCUACCUCUGUGUGUAUGUGUGAGAGAGAGAGAGAGAGAGAAACAGACUGUGUGUGUGUGUCUGUGUAUGCACUUACAUUUUUUUUUAUAAUCCCCAAAGGAUCUCCAACUUGUGGCCUGCAGACAAUAUAUGCAUGUGGAGGUAUAUUUAUGCUGUCCUUAAAAUAUUUAUAAUUGCAAUAACAUUGACAACGUGUUGUUGCCUGUGUUUAUACUCUAUUCAGAGUAUGUCUGCGAUGUUAAACAUGGGUACCUUAGAUGCAUUC